AUGUCUGGCUCCUCAAGUUCUGGCUCCGCAGCAGCUGCCGCUCUCCUCCGGCGCCAGCUCAAGCACAUGCAGUCCGACAAGGACAUACCGGGCAUCUCCUGCGGACUGGUGAAUGACAACAACAUCUUUGAGUGGGAAGUGAUGCUCAUGAUCAGCGACGAUUGCAAAUACUACGGCGGAGGCAACUUCUGCGCCAAGAUGCUCUUCCCGCCCAACUACCCCCUGAUGCCGCCGACGCUCACCUUCCAGAGCCCCGUCCCCUUCCACCCGAACAUCUACGCCGACGGCAAGCUGUGCAUCUCCAUCCUGCAUCCGCCCGAGGAGGACAAGUACGGCUACGAGUCGGCCAGCGAGCGCUGGAGCCCCGUGCAGACGCCCGAGACGAUCCUGCUGAGCGUCAUCAGCCUGCUGCACAGCCCGAACGACGAGAGCCCUGCGAACGUGGAGGCGGCGCGCAUGCUGCGGGAGGACAGGCAGGGCACCAGCAAGGACUUUAGGAGACGGUGCCGCAAGUGCGUGCGCGAGAGCUUGGGCGAGGACUGA